GACUGACUUGAAUACCACACUUUAUCCUCACUUAUUUAAUUUCACGAUGUGUUGUUGCUGGAGAGCCAUUUAAGAUAUAUAUUUUUGCAGUUUAAUUUAGUGCUGUUGCACCGUAUUAAAGAAGACAAUUAUCAGGCACCUCUAACGUCGUUUUCAUGAAAUGUUUUCAGACAUUGAAAUGUUGUCGUGACGAAGUGAGCUGUGUUAGCUUAGCAGGCUCCACUGGAAUCACGGCUAGCUAAAUAUUUGAAGCUAACAGCUAACGAGCGACAGCAGCAACAGCAGGAGACGGGAUGAACUUUCCCCCCACCAAGCGCCUCCGAGGCCUGAACCACGAUGUAGAGACAGUGACGGCCUUUGAUGACCCAUUUGGAGAUGACGACGACUUCACCCAGGACGACUUGGAUGAGAUUGACGUCAUUGCCUCGCAGGCCAUCACCUCAGCCACUGCAUCUGGGCUUGGAUCUAAACCAGGAAUCAGACCAACAGAGCUGGCCUGUGGGUCCACCAGGCUGCCUUCUGCAGCGCAGAGCAAACAGAGCAGAGCUGCAACCAAUCACAGCAGAGAAAACACAUUUGGGUUCAGUAGCAGCAACAGAGGGAAUGCUGGGAUACCAAGCAGAGAGCUUCUCAACAAAAGGCAGCAGUUUGGGUCGGACAGAGAAGACUCCUACAGUCUACUGGAGGCUCAGCAUGCAGAGUUAAAGAGGAAGCUAAAGGAGGUGGAAGAGGAGAUUGUGUUGAAGAGCGGGGAAAUCCGGGUCCUGAGGGACUCUCUGAAAAGAGUUCAGCAGGAGAAGGAAGCCCAGAAGCAGGACCAGAUCCUGCUGGAGACUCAGAGACAGAGAGAGCAGAGCGACAGAGAGAAGGAGCUCAACAGGAAGGUUCAGUCUUUGCAGUCAGAGCUGCAGUUUAAAGAGGCAGAGAUCAAUGAGAUGAAGACCAAACUACACAGUUCAGACAGAAACAAGAUGGCCUCUCCACUGCCUAGAAACAGUCCUAAAGUAGUUAGCAGCCUCGCCCAGUUACAUCAUGGGGGUGGCAGCAGCUCCUCCUCUCCGACAGAAAAUGGCUUCAUCACCAAGGAGACGUUUGGAGCCCAUGUCUCAUCCAGAACAACACCGGUGAAGACGCCGAGGAAGACACGGAGAGAUGGUGGGGACAGAGGGUCGUCUGGCAGCAGAUCCAGUGACAGACAAGAAGUGUCUCGGCCAGACCCCUUCCUGUCCAUCAGACCUGUGCACCUGCAGCACCGAGGUGGCGUUCUGCUGGGACUGUUGCUGCAGCAGCCUUUAUCUCCCAGCAGCCUCAGCCUCUCUCACCUGCUGUCUAUGAGUAUGACUGACAUCCACCUGACAUCCAGUGGGCUGUCAGCAGGUCUUCUACUCCACUCUGAUGCCGCAGUCAGUGGUGGUGAAGGUGGAGCUCCCAGAGCUGCUCUGAGUCCGGUCCAGAGUCUGGCUGUAACUGGACUCAACAUGCUGAGUCAGAGCCGGCCAGAAGCUGCAGCCAGCAGCAGAAACAAAAGGUCAUGUCCCGGAGCUGUCCUCCUCCUCCCUUUGUUGGACCUUCACCUGUCUCGGCUCUGUCAGGCUCUGGACUCACUCCGCUCCACCUCUGCUGGUGGUUCAAACUCUGCUGCUGCCAGUUCGCUCCCCGCAGGCCAUGUUGCUCCCGCUGCUGAACUAGGGAGACCGGAGGAGGCUGGUUUGACUGGUUCCAGCGUGGAGGACACUGGUUUGGCUGCUCUGAGGCUCCUCUAUCUGGUGCUGGCCCACAGUGAUGAGGUGGUGGAGGCUGUGUUGUCAAAGGAGAGUCAGAGCAGAGUUACAGACAAGAAGGCCGAGCACUCUACAUGUGUGGAUCAGUGCUCCCACAAUGCCUUGCUGCAGUCAGUGUUGCGGCUGUGUGAAGCAGGGCUCAGCGGUGGCUCACAGAGAGAAGAGCUUGUCCUCAAUGCAAUGAAGACCCUGUGUGUCCUAAUUGAGAGGACUCCACACACACACGCUGACAGGUUGAAUUGUGUGCUGCAGGUGCUGUGUGUGUGUUUGUCAGCAGACAGCAGGUUGCAGACAGUCUCAGGCUGUGUGUCUGUCCUCAUGUCCAUGUCCGACCACCAGACACUGGCCCAGCAGCUCUGCUCUCAGCAUGAUCCAUGUGUUUUCCUGAAGUUGUUCCAGUUCAUCAGAACCAGAAGAGACAACCAGGCUACACACACAGACUGGAUUCAGCUGGACCUGCAGGUGGUUCGUUUGCUGAGCAGACUGACGACUCAGAGAGCAGAGAGCUGGACCACCAGCUGUCACAGCACCUGUCAGUGUUACACUGAGUUGGUUCAGACAGUGGUGAUUGUUUUCCAUCGUCAGUGGUUGGAUGUUCGUGGUUCUCAGGAGCCAACAGAUUCCACAGGCCCUGCCCCGCCCCCACAGCCGUGCUCCGCCCCCUCGUUGCCAUGGUGGCGCGGCGCGGCGGCGUCGCUGCUCAGAGAGUGUCUGCUGCUGCUGCACUGGCUGCUGCUGCAUCACAGCAGCUUCUCAGAGAGCUGCAGGCCGCUGCUGCACAUGUACGACCAGGUGAUACCUGCUGUACGAGACACGCUGAGGAAGAUCCCCGAGCUGAGCGAGAGCGAAGAGCUGGCAUUGGAGGAGAUCUGCCGCUCGGAGGGCGACGACACUGAAGACAUGGACACUGAUACUGUCUCUUGAUUGGCUGCCGCCAGUGACUUCACCAGGGACAAAUGAGCUGACAUAAAGGACGGUUUACUGACUAUUGGUUGGAUAUUUCACACAGAUGAGGACAGAGCAGAGAUUCUGUUCUUUGUGAUGAAGGAUUAGAGUCUGAUUGAAGUGACAGUCACAGGAUUUAUUCUGCUGUGUGAUGGGAUUUAGCAAUUAAACAUGAUGGUGAGAAAAACUGCUGCUGCCAGAGCUCAUGUUCUGUAUGUCAUUUCUUCCCUUUUUUCCAUGAGAACUGUGCAAGAAAAAGAGGAAAUUAGAAACCGGAUGAUCAUAAAUGUGAAGAGACUCGCUGCUGGGCAUCGGCUGGUUGAUCUGGUUGAUCAAUUCCUCUGAUGAUCUGAUGUCAAAUCAUCAGAGGAAUGGCUUGACAUUGAAUCAGUACUUACUCACUUUUUGGCACUGAGUUAGACGAGAACAUAAAUACCACUCUCAUAUCUGUCCAUUAAAUAUGAAGCGGGCAGCUUUUUAGCUUAGCUUAGCACAAAUACUGGGAACAGGGGGAAACAGUUAGCCUCGCUCUGUGCAUCGGUUACAAAAUCUACUAAUUAACAUUUUAGCCAUUGUGUGCGUUUAAUCCUUACAAAAACCAAGACGUAAAAAUAUCCAUUUGCGAGGGUAUUAUGCCAGACUAUUUCGCGCCCCUGAGAAAUUGCCCUGCAGAGACUUCAGGGGGUUACUGGCUCCAGCCAAGAAAUAGCUCGCUACAAACAACGCCCCAGACAAGCUUAUCUAGAAGUCUAUUUUUCUUAUUUUCCGAACAUGUACACCACCAUUCCAUUAAUACACGAUGAGAUAGAAGAAUCACUAACUGGCACAUUUAAUGAUGAUUUAUUUCUUCAUUUUAAUGCAUUAUUUAAAUGUAUAUUUAGUUAAUUUAUGAUUCACAGUAAUUCUGUAUCUACUGUGGCAGUCAGUGUGGUGAUUUACAUAACAGUAAAAUGUUUCCUUAAUUCAAAUCAAACAAAAGACAGUUCGGGACCAACAGUCUGUGAAACAUCUUUAUUUACUUUAAAACUGUAACUGAGGUCUGAAUGACACAUUCAGAAGAAGGCAUCCUAUUGGCUGGCUGCACGUCUGUUGGGUCGUGAUUGGCCAGUCUUCGUCAAAGGGAGCAAAAGACGUGUCAGGAAUUAUUUCAGUCUGUUUAUCUCAAGAUUACGACUUCAUUAUUUUUUUAUUAUGACUCAAUACGUGGUGCUUAAAAUAGAUCCUUUAUCCUGAGAUUCAAUUAUAUUCUCAUGUUGACGUAUCAGAAAUAGUUUUCUCAUGAUCACAAAUUUACUGCCCUGUUAUUUUGGAUGAUGGUUGCAUGUAAUUAUUAUUAUUACAGUGAUGAAUAUGCUUGUUAGCCAGGCAA